AUGAUUGUGUCGCGUGAGUCGGCCACUACAGUCGUCGUGGAGCCCGACUUCGACGAGAACGAUGUGCGAACGAUGUCGCCGCGAAGGAAUAGCGAAGAGGUCGAUAAACUUAGCGAGGAGGCCCGCAAAGACCUCAUUGAGCAGGCCAAACUACUCCAGAUGAGCUUGCAGGCCAUCGUGGAUCGAGUGGAGACGGUGAAGAGCGAGCACGAGAAGCUCGAGGGCGGGAACAAGUUUCUGCAAUCAUAUAUCGGCGAGCUCAUGCAGACGUCUAAAAUCACUUCAACGGCGCCCUCGAAAUCGAAAAAGGGCAAAGCCAGGAGUUGA